AUGGGUAUCCGUGGAUUGAGGGAGGCGGGCGUCGAGGGGCCGGGGAGUAAGAAGGGCGAGUGUGGUGGGAGUUUUGUCAGUGGCAUGGCGCCGAGGAGUCGGGGGCGGUUGGAGGGAGAGGACAGGACGGGGUUGUUGGGGGAGGAGAACCGGGGAGAUGAUGGGAUGGCUUCGAGGAGGAGGAGCUCGGUUGGGUUUGAGGCGUAUUAUGAACAGUUCGCUGGUUACGGUGAUCUGGAAAAUAGACGGAGCGGUUACCUGGCAAGGGCCGAGGCACGGUAUAGUCGGGGGAGUCGGUGUUACAGCGGAGGGUUGGUGGAUAGCCAGGAAAGCUUCGUCCUUGGGAUGAACGACCCGCAGAGUCCAAAGCGGUUGAGCCCAGUAUCAGGGUUGAGCGAACCUGAAAAGGCAGAGUUGAAAGGCUAG